CUGAGGGUUGAAAUGGCGCAGCAAGAAAAACUCUCCUGUUCCAUCUGUCUGGAUCUACUCAGAGAUCCGGUGACGAUUCCCUGUGGACACAACUACUGUAUGGACUGUAUUAAAAGGUACUGGUAUGAAGAGAAACAAGGGAAAGUACAAAGCUGUCCUCAGUGCAGGCAGGAUUUCAUACCAAACCCUGUCCUGGUGAAAAACACCAUGUUAGCAGAUUUAGUGGAGGAGCUGAAGAAAACAGGAGCCUCAGCUGAACCAGCUGAUCACUGUUAUGCUGGACCUGAAGAUGUGGCCUGUGAUUUCUGCACUGGGAGAAAACUGAAAGCUCUCAAGUCCUGUCUUCAGUGUCUGGUCUCUUACUGUGAGCAACACCUCCAGCCUCACUAUGAGUCUCCAGCCUUUGAAAAACACAAGCUGGUUCAACCGUCAAAGAAGAUUCAGGAGAACAUCUGUACUCGUCACAAUGAGGUGAUGAAGAUUUUCUGCCGCACUGAUCAGCAGUGUAUCUGUUAUCUCUGCUCCAUGGAUGAACACAAAGGCCACGACACAGUCUCUGCUGUAACAGAAAUGACUGAGAAGCAGAGAGAGCUAAAAGUGAAUCAGCAAAAGAUCCAGCAGAGAAUCCAGGACAGAGAGAAAGAUGUGAAGGUGCUUCAGCAGGAGGUGGAGGCUAUCCGUCGCUCUGCUGAUAAAGCUGUGAGGGAAAGUGAGAAGAUGUUCACAGAUCUGAUCCUUCUCUUUGAGAAAAGAAGGUCUGAUGUGAAGCAGCAGAUCAGAUCCCAGCAGGAAAGUGAAGAAAGGCGAGUCAAAGAGCUUCAAGAGAAGCUGGAGAAGGAAAUCUCUGAACUGAGGAACAAAGAUGAAGAGUUGGAGAAGCUCUCACACACAGAGGACCACACCCAGUUUCUACAGAAUUACCUUUUACUUUCAAAUCUCACUGACUCUUCAGAGUCACUCAGCUUCAAUAUCCGACCUCUGCGAUACUUUGAGGAUGUGAUGGCGACUGUGUCAGAGGCCAGAGAUAAACUGCAGCACGUUCUUAAAGAAGAAUGGACCAAGAUCUCACAGACAGUGACUGAUGUGGAUGUUUUACUGCCACAAGUGGAGCCCAGGACCAGAGCUGAAUUCUUACAGUACUCACAACAAAUCACACUGGAUCCAAACACAGAAAACAGAAAGCUGGUUUUAUCUGAAGGGAACAGAAAAGUAACAUUGGGACAAUCAAUAUUUGGUGCAUUUAAAAUAUUAAUGGAGUUACAGUCUACACAGCUGAGUUCACCCUGUAGCUUCUACCGUUUUCAGAUGCUGAGCAGAGAGACUUUGACUGGAUGUUGUUAUUGGGAGGUGGAGCACAGUGGGGAUGUAGUUUCAGUAGCAGUCACAUACAAGCAUUCAAGAGGAACAGAAUAUGAGAGGGUAUUUGGGAACAAUGACAAGUCUUGGGCAAUGUAUUGUUUUGGGAAUAGAUUAGAAUUCAGACAUAACAACAUCAGAACCUCCAUCUCAGAUCCUCUGUCCUCCAGAGUGGGAGUGUACCUGGACCACAGGGCAGGUAUUCUGUCCUUCUACAGUGUCUCUGAAACCAUGACUCUCCUCCACAGAGUCCAGACCACGUUCACUCAGCCGCUCUAUGUGGGACUUGGAGUUGGUUAUAACUCUACAGCUGAGCUCAGAUAGGUUGGAAUGAUUAGGUGGAUGAGUGACGUUGGGGUUUUUUGCUGCUUGGAUCUUUUUGCUGUGGUGUUACUGCAAAUUCUCACUGAUGAGCUGAUAAACUGUGUAGACAUGCUGUGAUCUGCCUGUGAUUUUGCUCUUCAUGUAGUUUAAGCUUUGGAAGGUGGCACUGCUUUCAAUGUAUGUGUGACAUGAAAUACACAUCAGUCUAAGACCAGGACUCUUAACCUCAGGUUUGCAGCAGGGUUACAGGAAGGCUGCUAAAAUAAGCCAAUAGGAAAUAAAUUCAGCACGCUGCAGAGUAACAGUGCCACGUACACACACACAGGUCGCACUCCUUAAAAGGUUGUGAACCACUGGUCUAAGAUGUUUCUUCUGUGAAUUCUGUGCAGUAAUAAUUAAUAUUGUUUAUUUCAAAUAGAGACUGUUAUAGGCCUCUGAUUUCCCAUAGAGAAAGCAGCAGAACAAGAUGAAAAAACUGCUACACUUUGCAGCCUCUGGGUGUCACUGCAGGACUGUGCCUGUCUCUUUCAGCUCUGCUCCGACCAGUUUGUGGCUCCAGUGAAAACUCAGCGUGUGGUUCAGCUGCAGGAACACGACCUGGCAGCUCACAUGGCACCACAACAUCUGAGCAAUCACACUUAUUUACUCAUUUAUUCCUACAUCUUCUUACUGACGGUGCAUGAGGAGUGUGGGCAACAAGGCAAAGCCACACUGGACGAUUUACUUGAAUCUUAAUAUAUUUAUCUUUUAUUUAUUUUAAUUAUUCUACAUUUGCAUGUUUAGUAUCUCUUACUGUACGAUAUCAAGCUUCCAUAACUGCAUGUGAACUAAGACAAUGUGCACAUCCCUGAAUCCACCUAAAAACUUAGAAUUGUACUGUAUCAAUCAAUACAUCAUCAGGUAAUACAAGUAGACAGAUAAAAGCAUUUAAACCAUGAACAAUCAUUUAAAUAAAACAGGUGGAGGUGGCAAACAAAUGAAGAUCAGUGUGUGACAUUUCAAACAUGUGACAGGAUGUCACUGUCCACUCAAUAUCUACUUAUCACAUGUAAAGACGUAAAGUUUGUGUCAGCUGUGAUCAGCAUGAAUGCAUGUAUUUAUUCACUGUGUUUUGUUCUCCACCGAGCACCGUCAUCAUCACGUGAGACAACUGUAUACUGUCACCACAGAGCCACCGUACAACCACCAUCAUCUGCAUCAAAUAACAUUCUGUGAAAUAAACUAACUAUA